UUACCGCUGAACGAGUGGGUGGAAUUGGGGGAGUGGUCGCUCCAUAUAUGGUCCCACUGGGUUUCCUGUUUGGACCUUCACACACUACCAUAAACACUCUUCGUUCAAGCCAUCAUGUCUUUCUCAUCUCAAUGAAGAGAGAGGGAGAGAGGAGGGGAGGGACCUGCUCGUGCGUGUGUUUUUUCUUCAACUAGUUGACACUAGCGAGAGGAGACGGCAGCAUCCUCUGUCCCGCAUCACCUUCAAAUUUUGCGUUAUGUCAUAAACAGUCCUUCAUGUGAGGACCCGCAUUCUAAAAGCAACCUGUCCCAUCCUUUUUUCCUCACGCGUUUUCUUCAAUGCUUUGACAUCUGGAAUGUGCUGUUUUCUUGCAAGCGUUGUUUCCAUGCCAGCAUGGGAACUGCAGUAUCCAAAAGGAAGAAUCUGAGAAAUGAUGCGAUUUCUUCGGUGGCAGCCAAAGUUAGAGCAGCUCGUGCAUUUGGAGAGUACCUUCAUACCCAUCCUGAGAACCACGGAUCAGAUCACUUACUGUCUGACACCCUCGUUGGCCACGACUCUGAUUCCCCAGACAGCCUGUGUGCUCAGAACAACAACUUUCACAGCUGCAUCGCCGUCAGCGCCGACCCCAGCUUGAUUAACCCCGCCGUGGGCCUCCUGGAACCACCACCUCCGACGACUUCCUCCAAGAGCCGGCUGUCCCUAGAGCGCAGCUUCUCAGCAGAGGAGGACCAGCAGAAGUGUGUGGAGUGCGCCCUGCAGCCUGCUCGGGUCUAUACCAUCACUGGAGAGAGCGGCAUGCUGGGAACCAGCCGGGGAAGCAAGGAGAACCUGGAGCUCGAGGUCUUGAAAGGGGGACGUGAGGCGUGUCAUGCCCAGCCCUCUACGUCCUCCAACUCGUCUUCUCCGACUCAGCACCACCGCCACCAUGGAAGCGGAAGCGGAAGUGGGAGCGGGAGCGGCAACCACCAUCACGGCAACCAUCAUCAUGGUAACCACCAUCAUGGCAACAUCAGUGGAGGCGGAAAUGGCGGAACCAACCCCCAGCAGCACAUCUCUAGUGCUGGAACGUCGCACCAUCAGCACGGGGCACACCACCACCAUCUUUCCCAGCCUCUGCAGAGCUCAGUCAGCGCGCACAACAUUCGCGGCUGGGGAGGAAAGGAAUGUGGCCUGGCGUGUGAGUCCUGCUCUGGGGCUCCAUCACGCAGCCAGGGCUCCCUGGACCUGGAAAGCAGCACCCGAGAGGCAGGCAAGCAGCGCCGGCCACCACUAGAGCGGAUGUGCAGUGUGGACCGCAUGACUGGGCUGGAGCGAGACGAUAACAGUUGGUUCCCUAAAGAGAACAUGUUCAGCUUUCAGACUGCUACCACGACCAUGCAGGCGAUUUCGAAUUUCCGGAAGCAUUUAAGAAUGGUGGGCAGCAGAAGAAUGAAAGCACAAACAUUUGCAGAGCGCAGGGCGAAGAGUUUCAACCGAUCCUGGAGCGAUCCGACCCCUGUCAAACAAGACUCCCUAACCGACUCAAAAGACAGUGGGGAUCUGCAGACGACCUGCUGUACUCCAGACGAGGGCGGAUGUGAAGACAUGGACUGGGAGGAGGAGAGAGAGAUGGAGAGACUGGCAUGUGAAGGAGAUGACUUUAUCCCUCCUAAAAUUAUGCUGAUUUCAUCUAAAGUCCCCAAAGCAGAAUAUGUUCCCAAUAUUAUUCGAAAGGAUGAUCCUUCUAUUAUACCCAUACUCUAUGAUCAUGAGCAUGCCACGUUUGAUGAUAUUCUGGAGGAGAUUGAGAAGAGAUUGACAGCCUACAGGAAGGGCUCCAAGAUCUGGCGCAUGCUGAUCUUCUGUCAGGGCGGCCCAGGACACCUGUACCUGCUGAAGAAUAAAGUGGCCACUUUUGCCAAGGUCGAGAAAGAAGAAGACAUGAGCCAGUUUUGGAAACGACUGAGCCGGUUUAUGAGUAAAGUGAAUCCAGAGCCAAACCUGAUCCACAUCAUGGGCUGCUAUGUCCUGGGCAAUCCGAAUGGAGAGAAGCUGUUCCAGAAACUGAAGAACCUGAUGAGGCCUUAUUCUGUCACAUUUGAGUCACCGCUGGAGCUCUCUGCUCAGGGCAAAGAGAUGAUUGAGAUGUACUUCGAUUUCCGUCUGUUUCGACUUUGGAAAACCCGGCAGCACUCAAAACUCCUCGACUACGAAGAUCUCUUGUGACCCCGCGAGGGUCAGCGUGUAGCGUUGCGGGCAGGACGUCCCACUGUAAAACUCCAUUCUACCAGCUUUCAUUUCGGAGAACAGGAGGAAGAGGAAAACGAGUGGAGACCGACACAGCCACCUCGCUGCGUCACGAGUAUCGUUUAUUUCAGCUCGUCUCUGCGGACUUCAACCACCUCCGAACGGUAACACACAAGGGACAAAAACAAAUAGCAAAUGGUUCAAAAUGCAAGAGAAAUCCGGAUACGUGAAUGUUUCGGUUCUCUAAUGGAGAAAAGUGAGGGUGUUUCUCUGGUUGACAAACAAGUUGUCGACUGUUUUCUUUUUUAAACUAACAUAUCGCCGAGCGCUAUCAAUCACUAGCCUAGACAGUUGUGCUUAUGACAGAGUCCCGCGUGCAAUAUCAAGCCGCACCAAACGUACCUACCAGAACACACAGAGAAAUGGUCAUAUAUGAAAUAACAACUAAUAUAUUGGUAUACAUACAGGAUAUACAUCUCAUGAGUAUAUAGAGUAGCUAUAGUCAUGCAAAUAAUCUAUAUGUCAGUGGUACACAAAUUACUUUUUCAGUGUUUAUUGUUGUGGUCUUUCUAAUGAACUAUUUUGAAUAACUCAGGUUUUAGCCUUUACAGAUAUGUUAAUUAAUCCCCUAUCCAGAUGUGUGGAAGUCAUUUAGGUGGAAAGAAUGUACAUUCUGCCAACAUAUUUAUAUGUGCUUGUUUCAGAGGUUUAUGAAUCUUUUAUCACUUUUCGUUUUCGACAUAACUUGUGUCUUCUCAUUAUAUGCCAGUAUUUGUUCCUCUAUUGAAAAUAUAGACUCAUUGCGAAACACCUAUCAUACACAGUCUCCAAACUGGGAAAUCGUGACUUCCAGUCAUAUAAUAAUAGAAACUCUAACCUCAAUAUAGCCAGGCAUCUACACAGGUGCACCUGAAGUGUCAGCAGGAAUAUAGCAUUGCAGGGAGAUGUUACAGAAUUGCUAAAAUAAGCGCUUGUGUCAAUGUGUUCAUAACAAUUAAGAUGUUUUCACGCUCGGUUUGAUUACUUAGUCUGAAUCUGUCAGUCUUUGAACAUAUUAUUUGGCUCCAAAUGGCAGUAUAUUUAAGCCUUCAUUGUGUGUACCUCCAUGAGUACAGUACAUGCAGUAGCUGUCAAAAAAAGGAAAUUUGAUGUCUAGCUCACUUUUUUUUUAUUACACAUUUUGGUUUUAGUACUCAAUAUUUUGUGGCACUUCCUUUUGUACUAAAUAUACUCUACUGUUCAAAAGGUUUGGGUCAGUAAAUUUUUUUAUUUGAAAGAAAUUAACACUAUUAUUUAACAAGGAUGCUUAAAAUUAAUCAAAAGUGACAGCAAAGACAAAAAAUUACCAGUUUCCACGAAAAAAAAAUGUAAGCAGUGCAACUGUUUUCAACAUUGAUAAUAAUAAGAAAUGUUUCUUGAGCACCAAAUGAGUAUCUUUCAAAUACAUUCAAGAAUCUUACUGACCCCAAAGUUUUGAAUGGUAGUGUAUGCAUACUAAAUAAUAUGUAAACAAUAGCUGUUCACAUCCACAAAUGAGGCUGGGUUGUGAAUCACACUUGACUCCACAUAAACCCCAGACCGCUGUUUUUUGACUUGGGUGUGUUUUCAUGAUGUCAGAAACUAAUUCAAAGUUCUAACCAAAUGGAUUUGGGUUCACAUCAUUAGCUCUAGUGUGAAAACAGCCUUAUUUUUUCUCUCCAUUUCUAAAGCCAUUGGUGUUGUGGGUCAUGAACAGGCAUUAUUCUGAAGGUCACUAUUGCCUUAUGGGGCGGAAUGGUAUUUGAUGGCCAUAUGUGGAUAAUAGAAGGAUUUAGACCGUUUUACGGCAGCUUGCAGGUGUAAACUCUAUGCAUUCUUCUUCCAUUAGUAGCUUUCAAAGGUUUUGAGCAACUUUGGAGUUGAUUUUCAUGUGUAUCUUUAUGAAUGUUCUAUUGUACUCAGCUAAUAAGCCAUACACUCUUUAGCAAGCUGCUCAAACUGAUGGCUCUUUGAUGUGGAUGGCUUUAGGCACUCAUGAUGAACUUCCAGCUGGUUGAAUGAUGGAAUUUUCUCUUGUCUUGCUUUUUUAUGCAUCCACAAUGCUAAUUGGCUACUCCUUUGGUGUUGUUCAGGCAAUCUUUAACUUAAUUGAUAGACAGAAUGAGGUCUUGCCCAGUGAAAAUAAGUGAAGCAGUCAUUACGCUGUAUAAAAUGGUCUUGGAUAUAAGAAUGAAGGGAAAGAAACUCCAACAACAUGCUAUUAGAGCGUUACCGUGCCAAGAUGUGCAUCUUCUGGUGAUUUAAAGGUGUUUAAUGUUAAAAUACCUUCUUUAACUAUAAUUUAUUGUGAUGACAGAACUAAAAAUAAGGUAUAUUUCCCAGAAAAUUGUAAAGACUGUGGUUCAGCCAAUGGCUUGAGUUGGGGGUGGGACUAGUCUGCUUGGGCCUGGCCAAACAAGUUAUUUAGAAAGGGUUGUCGACAUACUUUUGGCCAUUAAAAAAAUCUUUUAAAAAAAAAUGUUUUCACAUCUGACAGGAAAAUUUAAAUGUUAAAACAUUUAGUAUGCAUCUGAGGGGCCAUUUACGUGAUAAAUGGAAAACUUUAUAUGUAUUUUGGCCAUUCAUUGACACGACAACGGUGUUUUGGGGGCCUGAAAAUGCAAAAACAGGUUUCAAAGUGAAAGUUUUUGAAAACGAUACUAGGGCUGGGCGAUAUGGCCAAAAAAUCAUAUCUCUGUAUUUUUUGGCUAAAUGGCGAUAUAUGGUAUAUAUUGUGGUAUUUUCUACAUUUUUCUAUUUGGAUUUAGAAAAAAAAAAAAAUCUGUAUUUACGUUUUAAAAAUCUUAAUUUAACAUCCUGCCUAAUGUUGUCCUACAAACAGUGUUUAUAUUGAAAGCUAUUAAUGACAUGUAGUCUGGCACACUAAUAGGCCUACAGUAUGUGCAAAAAAGAGAAACUUUACAUUCUAACAUUGUAACAUUACAAUCUAAAAAUAAAAAUAAUGCUUUUUAAAGCAGAAGUUAAAUUCACUAGACUAAAAAUUAAAAUAAAAACAAAAGCACAGACUAAUUAGCUAUAUAUUUAUAUAUUAUUAGUUGCUGUAAAAAUACACUUACUUGGUUUAAAAUUCUACAUAAGGCACAUUUAUUAUUCUACAACAAACAUUUUUUUCAAAAUGUAUAAUUUAGUCAGAAUUAUGGCGAUCCCAUUCUAUUGAGCUCCGUCUGUUUGGCGCGAAUGCGCGCGGCGGCGCUCGUUCACGGAAGACUAAGAAGUUUAGAGGAGAAUGAGAUUCGCUAGCAGAAGGCUCGUCCACUCCUGACAGCAAAAUGGAAAUAUUUGUAUGACUUUCUGACAUUUACAGAUGGAGAAUAUACCUGUGAAAUGUAAGUUAUGCGCUUAGGAAAACACCACAUCACAAAAGCAUUAAACAGCACAAGUGUCUGUCAGCACUUGAAUCUGUCAGAGCAUCUGACGGGGCAAGCCGUCUUAAACGAUAGGCCUACGUGUUAGCUAUAUCUUAAUCUUACGAGUUAUUUUUAAAGCCCUUAAUAUUAAGCAUGUCUCAUGUUUAGGCCACAUUGUAUAAUGCAUUUCCUCCGCAGCAGCACUCUGCGACAUCCACCGCUAUUUUUAGAUGCGCUCGUAUAAAACUACUGUAUAUCGAUAUAAACGGUAUCGCCUCAUUCCGUAUCGUAUAUUAAAAAUUUAUCGUAUAUCGUAACUCGAUAUACCGCCCAGCCCUAAACGAUACUGUUGUCUCCGUGUAAACUACAAAAACGGAAAUUUGUGAAAACGGUGAUGUCAUCCGCAUAGGUAUAGUCAAAGUCCCUUUAAGACAAGUCAUUUCACUCAGCGGCCAUCUUUGAAACGCCUCUCGGG